AUGGUUGAUGUAAUAUUUAGUGAUGUAUCACAACCAGAUCAAACAAAAAUAGUUAUGGAUAAUGCAAGAUAUUUUCUAAAAGAUGGUGGAAAAAUUUUAAUAAGUAUAAAAGCUUCUUCAGUGGAUUCAUCAGUACCAGCAGAGAAGGUUUUUACAAACGAAGUCAACUGGUUGAGAAAACAUGAUUUCAAACCCAAAGAACUUGUAACUAUAGAACCCUUUGAAAAAAACCACGCUAUCAUUACUGGUAGUUAUAAACCAACUAACAAAACUUCUUAUCAAUAA